CAUAGACGCAGAAAUCUGUUGGAAGAACAAUGCAUCUGAUGUGAAUGUGUGCUUUUAUAUUAUAGUGUAAAGACCCUCGCGUGGGAUUACGUGAGAAAGGAGAACGCAUUCAGUUUGGGAGUCGGAUGGAACAUAAAUGAAAUGAUGGAGACUGACGUUCUCGUGCAUGUGAGAUGAUUGCAUGGAAGCUUGUGUCGUCGGACGUUUACGACCUCACAUUUGGAAAUAAACAGACGGCUGGACCCUUUCAGUUCACAGGCUGGUUGAGGUUAUUUUUAGUUCUUUGACGAAACUGAAUAUAUUGUUAAGUUACUAAUAUAACAUGUGCUGUCAGGAUAAUAGUAUGCAGUUAUAAAUAAUGUUGGCUGGUUUGCGAUGAGAAAUAAAGCUUAAUAUCAUCUAUGCACGUUUAGAUAUGUCCUAUACACAUUGCAGCAGUGCAAAUGCAUCAUAAUUUGCUAAUGUAGUGGAAAUGAAGGGGAUCUUGUCGACCAAUCCAGAGUGCCCAAAUUGAAGUCUGAUAGGCUGUGCAAGAUGGGAUACAAGAAACAAUUUCAGAGCCCACUUUCGGAGGCCUCAUCCGUAUAAACCUAUAUGUGAACUGCAUUUCCAGCACCACGGAGAGCGACCAUGAACAGGUUACGCAAGAAAGCGUGCGUGGCCCUUCUAUUGUUCACCUUGUUCAUUUUUGGCACCAUGAUGGGCCUACGAACCCUUAAGCCCACUGAUGGUUUCUCAGAUCAUGCUCCAGGAAUGGAGUUGGUACCUUUAGUGGGAGAGAGGAUGGACCAGAGACCCAAUCAUUUAGUCGAAUCAGCAGGUCAAACUGGUGUUGGAAGUGACACAAAGAUAGUCUUCUCCAACUCUGGGCCUGAACACAGCAUAUUCUAUGACAUUCACAUCUUCUAUUAUUUAUGGUAUGGCUCGCCACAGAUGGAUGGGAGUUAUGUACACUGGGACCACAUAUUGGUACCACACUGGGACCCGAAAAUAGCUGAAAGUCACCCUAAAGGACGACACAAUCCGCCAGAUGACAUUGCGUCCAGUUAUUACCCAGAACUUGGACCCUAUAGCUCCAAGGAUCCAGAUGUCAUUGAGUCCCACAUGGCACAAAUCGAAGCUGCAGCUGCAGGUGUGGUGGUUCUGUCCUGGUACCCACCUGGUGUGGCAGAUAAACAUGGCAAACCCUCAGAAGAUCUAGUGCCAGCUGUUAUGGAUGCUGCCCAUAGACACAGCAUCAAGGUUGCGUUCCACCUUCAGCCCUACAAAGGCCGGACUGACCUCAGCAUGCAUGACAACAUCAAAUACAUCAUUGACAAAUAUGGGGAACAUGGUGCUCUCUACAGAUUCAAGUCAAGCACUGGUAAAAUUCUUCCACUCUUCUAUGUGUAUGACUCAUACCUUACCCCUUCUGAGGCCUGGGCUGAGCUGCUCACUGCUCGAGGGUCUCACAGUCUCCGUGGAACUCCUUAUGAUGGCAUCUUCAUCGCUCUCAUCGUGGAAGAGCGUCACAAGCAUGACAUCCUGUCCGGUGGUUUUGACGGCAUGUACACCUACUUUGCUUCCAACGGUUUCUCCUUUGGAUCUUCUCACCAGAACUGGAAAGCAAUCAAGGAUUUCUGCGACAAGAACAACUUGCUUUUUGUGCCGAGCGCUGGGCCUGGUUACAUGGACACCGCCGUUCGGCCGUGGAACAAUCAUAACACACGCAACAGAGUAAAUGGACGAUAUUACGAGACGUCUUUGCAAGCGACAAUGUCCGUAAGACCCGAUAUCAUCACAAUAACAUCAUUUAAUGAGUGGCACGAGGGAACUCAGAUUGAAAGGGCCGUGCCUAAGAAGGCUGUGACUCGUCUUUAUUUGGACUAUAAACCUCAUCAACCAGACUAUUACCUGGAGCUCACAAGGAAGUGGGCAGAGCAGUUUAGUAAAGAAAAAGAGCAGUGGCUUAUGUGAUUGUACCUCAUAACAGCAAUGUUGAGUUUUGCUUUUAGACUGUCUUCACACUACCAUUAUAUUUUACUAUCCUUCAAUGUAUGCAUAUUUUUUUAAAGGCAACUAAACAGCAAGGACAAGCAACAUUCUCUCUUUCGAUUUUCUAUCAAUUUCAGAUGUCUCGGUGGAAGUAUUUAAAGGGCUAAUUCUGCAAUAUAUUAACAUUUUGCCAUCCCUCUCAUGUUGCUCCAACCUGAAUGACUACAAACACAAAAGCAGAAGUUCUAUGGGUAAUUAGACAUACAAGAACCAAAGGCAUUUUAAAACCUUGCUGCAACGCUGAUCGGUAACUAGACAUGCAAGAACCAUUUACAAAAUGAGAUGCGUGAACCAAUGGCAUUUUAAAACGUUAUCGCAAUGCAAUUGGUAAAUAGAUGUGCAAGAACCAACAUUUUAAAACUUUGAGACAAACAAGAACCAAUGUCAUUUUUAAACCUUGGCGCAACAUGGUCAGUAAUGAGAGAUGCAAUAAGCAAUGGCAUUUUAAACCUUAGAGCAAAAGGAAUGCUACUGAGACACGCAAAAACCAGUGGCAUAUUAAAACCUUAGCACAACACGAGUGGCUACGAGACACGUUAAAAAUAAUGGUAUUUUUAAUCUUCGGUGCAAUGUAAACGUUAACAAGACACGCAAGAAUUAAUGGCAUUUUUAAACCAUGGCACAACACUAUCAGAAACAAGACACACAAGAACUAAAUGCAUUAAACCUUGCCACAACGUGAUUGGUAACAUAACACACAAUACAAAUGGUAUUUUAAAAUCUUGGUGUAAUGGAAUUGGUAACAAGACACACAAGAACUAAUGGCAUUUUAAAACCUUGCUGCAAUGCGAUCGGUAACAAGACAUGCAAGAACCAUUGACAAUGAGACACGUGUGAACCAAUGGCAUUUUAAAACCUUAGUGCAAGGCGAUUGGUAAGUAGAUACACAAGAUCCAACAUUUUGGUAAAUAGAUUUGCAAGAAAUAACAUUUUAAAUCUUUGAGACACGCAAGAACCAAUGACAUCUCUAAACAUUGGCACAAAGGGGUCAGUACUAUGAGACGCAAGAAUCAGUGGCAUAUUAAAAUUUAGCACAACGUGAGUGGUAACGAGAUGCAAAAAAUAAUGGUAUUUUUAAACGUUGGUGCAAUGCAAUCGUUAACAAGACAUGCAGGAACCAAUAGGAUUUUUAAACCAUGGCUCAACUUGAUCAGAAAAGAAACAUGCGAGAACCAAUGGCUUUUUAAAACCUUGGAGCAAUGGGAUCGCUACUGAGACAUGCAAGAACCAGUGGAAUAUUAAAACCUUAGCACAGUGCGAGUGUUAAUGCGACAUGCAAAAAAAUAAUGGCAUUUUUAAACGUUGGUGAAAGGCAAUCGUUAACAAGACACGCAAGAAACAGUGGCAUUUUUAAACCAUGGCUCAACACGACCAGAAAAGAGACAUGCAAGAACCAAUGGCAUUUAAAAAUUUUAGCAUAGCACUAUAGGUAUGAGACACUCAAGAAUCAAUGGCAUUUUAAAACCUCGGCAUAACACAAUACACACAAGAACCAAUGGCUUUUUGAUAUCAUAGAAAACUCGAUCAGUAGUGAAUAAUGAUUAAAAUGUUUAAAUUAAAGCUUGUUUCUCAUUCUUCAAAAAACAUCCUUUUGUGUUUAAUGUAAGAGGGGAAGCCUUAAGGGUUUGGAACAACAUGAGGAUGAGUAAAUGAUGACAACAUUUUCAAUCGUGAAUUAACUUUCCCUUUACCUUUGGGCAUUAAAUUUGAGUUUAAUGCUAAAAGCAGACUGUGUGGCCUCAGUAUUUAAAAUACUAUGUGUUUGUGUUUGGAUAACAUUUCAAAUGUGUUUGUGGCUGGUGGUGGUUAUGGCUUGUUUGGAUAAUGCUUGCAUUAAUUAUGCAAUGAAAAUCCUAUUUGAGAAUCAUACAUAUUGUAAUUCACGUUUAAUAUUAAAUAA